AAAAAUAGUGGAAGAAAGGUAACUUUAAUAAUUAUUGAACAAGACAAAGAAAAGCGAAAAAGUAUUUGUACCAAUAAUAGUAAACAAAAUAAAAGAUAAGACCAAGAAGCAGGAAGAAGAAGAAAAAAUGGUUUCAUUGAUUCAACAAAUCACAAGUUGAAAUUCAAACAAACAAAACUUUUCUCUAAUCUCUUGUUCUCCGAUUCCAAUGGGAACUUGCUGGAGUUCUCUUCCACCUAGCAAUCAUCCAACUCCAUCUCCAACCGGAACUGUUACACCUGCAGGAACAUGUAAUUCUCAGACAACAAGUGGAAGCUAUGGUACUAGCACCACAAGUACCACUAGAACUACAACUUUUAAUUCUUCUACUACUACUUCUUCUGGAAGUGGCAGUGGAAGUGGAAGCAGUAAUAACAUGUCUUCCUCCAUAAACAGCCACCAUGAUUAUUCAAUCGGUGGUCAGAUCCUACCUACUUCUAAUUUGAGAGUCUACACUUUUGCCGAAUUGAAAGCUUCUACCAAGAAUUUCAAACCUGAAACACUUCUUGGAGAAGGAGGUUUUGGAAAAGUUUAUAGAGGAUGGCUUGAUGGAAUCACCAUUGCCGUCAAAAAAUUGAACUCCGAAGGUUACCAAGGUCUCCAGGAGUGGCAGUCAGAAAUACAUUUUCUAGGUCGACUUUACCAUCCUAACCUUGUGAAACUCUUGGGAUAUUGUUAUGAGGACACAGAGCUUCUUCUUGUUUAUGAAUACAUGCAGAAGGGUAGUUUGGAAAAUCACCUCUUUGGAAGGGGUGCUGUUGUUCAACCACUUCCUUGGGAGCUUAGGCUUAAGAUAGCAAUUGGAGCGGCUAGUGGUCUUUCAUUCUUGCAUACAUCAGAUAGAGAAAUUAUUUACAGAGAUUUUAAGGCUUCUAAUAUAUUGCUUGAUGGGUCCUAUAAUGCAAAGAUAUCAGAUUUUGGGUUGGCAAAGUUGGGUCCUUCCGCUAGUCAAUCGCAUUUGUCGACAACGGUGAUGGGAACACCAGGUUAUGCAGCUCCUGAAUAUAUGCAAACAGGGCAUCUAUAUGUAAAGAGUGAUGUGUAUGGUUUUGGAGUUGUUUUGGUUGAGAUACUGACGGGCUUAAGAGCGAUUGAUCUCAACCGGCCAAGCGGGUAUCACAAUCUAACGGAUUGGAUCAAACCGCACCUACAGGAAAGAAGAAAAUUGAAGAAGAUUAUGGAUCCUCAAUUGGGAGACAAAUAUCCAAUCAAAGCUGCACUAACUAUAUCUAAGCUUGCUUCAAAAUGUCUUGCACCUGAGCCCAAAAUGCGCCCACCCAUGAAGGAUGUUAUGGAGAUCUUGAAAGGAACUCAAGCUUCCACUGACAAAACCGUCGAGGUUAGGGGUCAAAAUGAAUGAGUUAAUUCUAUUUAUAUGUGAAUUAGUGGGAAUGAUUGAGAUUUGAGAGGCUUUUGGUUGUUCAUUUUGUAUUUUCUUUUAACUCAAGUAGCUUGGUUGCAAAGAAAUUUGUGGAUUUCAUAUGCAUGUCUCUCUAGUUAGUUGAUCAACAUGUUGUAUUUGUGUACCUAUCUAUAGUUCUAUAUUAGAAUCCUUAAACUGAUAAAUGGAUUGUGAAAAGUAACAAGAGUAUGAUUCUAGUUGA